AUGAUGGGUACCUACUCCCAUUUCACAACCCUUCUCCUCCGCCGUGAUGAACAGGAGAAUUCUCCAGGCGCUUGUGCCACUGGCAAUGAGUAUGAUGGCCAUCUAAAUCUGCGACUAUCCGCUGUGUUCGUCAUCCUAAUCGGAUCUUCUAUCGGUGCCUUGUUCCCCGUUUGGGCUCGUCCUGGCCGCACAAACGCUAGCAAAGGACGGCGUGUGGAUGUUCCUCCCUGGGCCUUUUUUGUUGCGAAGUACUUCGGUUCCGGGGUAAUUGUGGCCACAGCUUUCAUCCAUCUCCUCGCCCCAGCCCAUGAAGCUCUCUCCAAUCCAUGUCUUACCGGCCCUGUUACCGAAUAUCCCUGGGUCGAGGGUAUCAUGCUUAUGACGAUUGUUUUACUCUUUUUCAUCGAGCUCAUGGCGAUGCGAUAUGCACGAUUUGGCGAAGCAGAUAUUGCCAAGGAACUUGAAAACGGUGCCUGGGAUAUGGGCCACGGACAUAGCCACGACCAUGGCCAUAGUAACGGCAAAAUCCUUGCCCCAAACCAUACCCAUACCCAUACCCAUGACCAUGAUUCCGUGAACUCUGAUGUAAACACCAAUUUCCCGGGUGAGAACCACCUGGGACAUGCGCGACACCACCUUACCGACGCAGUUUCUAAAAAGAACUGCCAUUCCUUCGUGGGGAAAACAGCCGCAGACUCCAAGAACCACGGUCCACCAGAUCACACUCACGGCCAUAUGUCCCUCGUCGAAGACUACAGCGCGCAAUUGACAUCCAUCUUCAUUCUCGAAUUCGGCAUAAUCUUCCACUCAGUCUUCAUCGGCCUCACCCUCGCCGUAGCCGGCAAAGAAUUCAUAACCCUCUAUAUCGUGCUCGUUUUCCAUCAGACCUUCGAAGGCCUGGGACUGGGUGCCCGUCUCGCCACUGUCCCCUGGCCGGGCUCCAAACGCCUUACCCCUUACAUCCUCGCCAUCGCCUUCGGCCUGUCCACCCCUGUCGCCAUUGCAAUUGGCCUGGGUGUCCACGAGACUUAUCCCCCCGAGAGCCAGACAUCUUUGAUAGUAAAUGGCGUGUUCGAUUCAAUAUCAGCUGGUAUCCUGAUCUACACCGCCUUGGUGGAACUGAUGGCUCAUGAGUUUAUGUUUAGUACCACCAUGCGGCGUGCCUCGAUUAGAACAGUGCUGGCAGCGUUUGCUCUGCUCUGCUUGGGCGCGGCGCUGAUGGCCUUGUUGGGGAAAUGGGCCUAA